UUGUUGCCCGCAUGUAUGGAUUUGGGGAAGUGAGUUGGCGUUCCAAUAAAAGCAUCAUUAGGGCCUUCACACAGCUCAGUGCCUCCUCUACUAUCAGGUUGGACGCAUGUCUGAUAGAGCGAGUGAAUUUGGUUUGCGUUAUUUUUUCUUCUACAUAUUUCGGAGAUCAGUUGGUUCCUGGUUUCCUUACAGACGAUGAAUGAAUGAUGUUUCGCUGGAAGGAAUAUCGUGCCACAUUAUUAGUCCUGUCGACUUCUAUUAUCAUCUGCUUAUUAGGAUCAUCUGAUGGUCAGUGGGACUGCUUUAAUCGUCGGACCUGGUCUUACUAUGGGACUAGGAACUGGUCCUGCAUUAUUACAGACCGCAUUGUACUUGAUUGUACUGACUGUGAAAACUGGACCUCCAUCAUUGGAAACUGGAGCAACGCACCUGAGCUGAUUGAUAGAUACGAAUUGGAGGACAACCAUUGCCGAGUAGCGGGAAACUGGACAGCACCAUGGUGUUACGUAAUAAACAAGAAUGGAGAAGUAACCCCUGGCUAUUGCCAGAUACAACCAUGUGCAGUCCACGCUGGCUGCGUUAAUGGUCCUGGUGAAGAUUACCGUGGCUAUGGAAAACACACCGAGUCGGGCUAUCUUUGUCUGAAUUGGGACAACGCGACAGAUACCACCUUGUAUCCUCAGUCAGGGUUGGAUAAGAAUUUUUGCCGCAACCCCGACGGACGUGAUAGGCCAUGGUGUUAUUAUCAGAGUCCAGAGAGCAGCGAAAUCCUGUCAGAUUUCUGUCAGAUAGACGAGUGUACGACUGACGCGCUCUCAAACUUUCACCAGACGAUAUUCACGCGUUUCAUAUCUUACGAUGAUCGCGUCAUUGAAGACGCCAAUAUGACGUCAGAGGAGUGCGCCCUCCAGUGCCUCCAAGAGGAAUCGUUCUCGUGUCUUUCUUUCAAAUUUCGGGAUGUGCAUACUUACAACGAUCGGAAAUGUACCUUAUCAUCCCAGAGCGUAUAUACUCUAGACCUAGCCAGAACUUUGACCAACCCUGACCUUUAUUCGCUGGAUAAUGACAUGUUCACGCGAAUAGAUAAAAUAUGUGAUGCUUUCAUACCAGACUACGCGCAGCUUAAAGUCGAUUGUCCGUUGCCUCUAGAUACCUUGCUGCAUAAUGGAAGAAUUAAUGCAAGCUUCUCUGCAUCCAGUUAUAUGGAUGGUUACGAACCAGAUCAAACCGGUCUGGAAAGCACCGAAUCCUGGAUUCCAAUUAAUAACACGAAUGGAGAAUGGUGGCAGGUGUGUUACAGCGAGCGUGUCCUAAUCACUGGUCUCGUUACCCGUGGCAACAAGGAGAUGAUGGAUGGAGAGGGAUGCUGGGUUAACUCAUUUAAAGUGGACUACAGCUUAGAUGGGGAGUACUGGUGGAAUUAUUUAGAUUACCAAGAUGACCCACGUCAACCUAUUGAAUUUUUCGCCAACGCGGAAGCCACCUGCAACACGACGAUCUUCCUCCCUACACCUACCCGAGUGAGUUGUCUACGAAUACUACCCGAGACCUGGCGAAACAAGAUAUGUCUCUCUGUCGGGAUCAUCGGCUGUCUAGACAAUGAUUGUGAUGAGGUAAUGGGACUUACCCUAGAUCGUAUCCAUGACAACCAGAUCAAGGCAUCAUCCUGGAACGGUGAUGCACUCCAUCCCCCAUCAUCAGCCAGGGUAGGGUACAUCAAACAAGUCGGAUAUGGGUGGAUCCCAGCACAAUCAUCGACAGAUCAAUGGAUACAGAUCAACUUCGGCAGUGAGAAAAUAGUUCAGGGCGUGGUCACUCAAGGGUGUCUAGAUAUCGAAGCAUGGGUGGAGUCUUACACAAUCUCGGACGGCCAAGAUGACGCACAGUAUCGCAACAACAUCAGAUCAGAGGUUUUUCAAGGUAACAGGGACAUGACAACUCUUGUACGCAAUGACCUGAAUCAACCUUUUGCGACCCUUAGUGUAAGAGUUCAUCCGGUCACGUGGUAUCGUGAUAUCUGCCUCCGUCUUGAGUUUAUCGGAUGUCAGAACAGGGCUUGUAAUAACAGACUUGGAAUGGAGUCUGGUCGCAUCCCUGAUGAAGCCAUAGCAGCUAGCACCUUCUACUACGCUUCACCUGGGCACAAUGGCCGCCUGCACAUUGAAGAGAGCGAUUUAUCAGCGGAACCCCGGCCGUUUUGGGGUGCAAGGGGCUCUCUUGCAAGGAAUGAGUGGCUACAGGUUGAUUUAUCGGAGCUCCAUACCGUGACGGCUAUCAUCACCCAAGGUGCAGGCGUGAAGACUCUUCUGAGUUGGGUCACCUCCUACCGACUGGCUUACUGGAGCAUGCGUAGUACUAAUGAAUCAGAGACAUGGAGUUUCUACAAAGAUAUCGAGGGGAAUGAAAUGAUUUUACCCGGGAACAGCGAUCAGAAUACUGAAGCGAAGAACACUCUUGAUCGACCAAUCAUCACACGCCGUGUUCGUAUCAUGCCCUUUACAUGGUAUAGUGCUAAAAUAAGGAUGCGAGCUGAGAUCAUCGGUUGCCCGUUGAUAGGUACUGGGAGGGUAUGUAGAUCCGAGAAAGGAUUGAUCUUUAGUGGAAAAUGCUACGGGUCUAUAAGCAACAACGCAGAAGGAGCAUGUAGCGACAUCUUUGCCGAGGACAGCAAGCGAGCUACAGUCAAGUCAUCAAACAUCCAGAACGAGCUUUCAGAUCAUCUUUCUGAGCUCGUAUUCCAGAGCAAAACACAGUUGACAAUGGGAGCUAUGAAAGAAGGCGAGGAAGUUUGGAUGUGGGAUGACGGUACUCCUGUCAUAUAUGAGCAAUUCCUCUAUGAUCUGCCUGUCAGUACUAACCCAUAUUGUACGGCACUCGACGGACUUGCUGGGUUUAAGUGGACACAGUAUGAAUGUAAAAGUGUUAUACUGCGUGGAUCCCUCUGUGAAAUAGAUAUCGAUGAGUGUCUUAGCAGUGAAAAUGGGUGCUCACAUGAAUGCGUAAACUAUGAUGGGGGCUACCACUGCGCAUGCCCAGAUGGUUACCGAUUAGACUCCUCUGGUAGAGAGUGUGUGGACUUAUGUGCAUAUGAUGUCAUGAAUCCUACGAGCAGCACUAUCUUAAAUGAAGGACAAUCUUGCUUUUACGUCAUGGAUUCCGAAGCGGUCACGUGGACAGAAGCUACCAAUCAAUGCAGGGGAAUUCAAAGUCGUCUAGCCAAUGUCAGCGAUGAGAGCUUUAUACAGGCUUUGAAUGAGGCAAAUGUAAGUGAUAUUUGGGUAGAAGACGAUCUUUCUGCCGUAGAUGAGCUCUGCCCUUCAAUCAUAUGGAACGCGACUGAGAUUAUAGUCGAGCCGUCUGACUGUCAUGAUCAGAAAACAUUCGUCUGUGAGCAAGAAUAUGCUGAUCUUCAUUGCCAUGAUAUUUGGUCUAAUGACGUCACAUCACACGUGACAUCAGCUUCAGUAGGUCACAUACAAGCGUUCAGUUACCCUCCACUCUACAACCAGCAAUCAACAUGUAACUUUCUGAUUAAGGGACCUGGGAAUAUGAAAGUCAGGCUGACCAUCACAAGAAUGAUGUUGCGUCAAGAUCUUCGCAAUUCAAAAUGCCACGACACCCUUGGUGUUUAUGACGUCAUCGGUAAGACCAAUCAAACACGUGGUCAGUACUGCGGUGAACUUUAUGACGUCGAGGUCAUUAGCCAGUCCAAUGUCGUAUUCGUUGAACUCGCCAUGUGGUCGUUGACCGCCAAUAUGCCAAAUGAACUUGGCUUUGAAGCCAGUUAUGACAUGGUCGACUGCACAGUUACAGAUUGCAAUGCUGUAUGCGGUAAGACAGUCAGCUUUCAUGGACCAUCAGGCUCAAUCCAGACCAAUGAUUUCCCAUCUAUUAUUCCACCAUUCACCAGCUGUGAGUAUAACAUUACUGUUCAAUCUGAUCGCUACAUCUCUCUUCAUUUCGACGACUUCGACAUCGAGAGUGACUCUGCGAACUGUAUUGAUCGUGUGUCAGUACGUACACCUACCGGUAUCCUGAAACGCGCACUGUGUGGGAAUAAGACCCAGCCUCUCAUCAUAUCCAGCUCAUCUACGGUCAUUGUCGCCUUGGACACAGGGUUAGCGGGCAAAUCAACUGGGUUCAAUCUUGUCUACAACACAACAGAAUUAGGAGGCUGCGGAUUUGGUCGCGAUACUUGUUCAGGUGUGGAGUACUGCACCCUUUCUGCUGCUGUGUUUGUCUCCGUCAACUACCCCUUUCCUUACGCGCCCCAUUCACAAUGCCGAUGGAAUAUCGUCGCGCCUGAAGGUUCUUUCGUGACCGUAACGUUUACACAUUUCGAUGUCGUCUCCGAAAUCAAUGACCACGAGUGUACUCAAACAGACUACUUGGUUGUCUAUGACGGGGUGAAUGAUAAAGAUACACAGUCGCCGAUCCUGGGACGUUUCUGCAAUUCAAACCCGCCAUUAAAUGACGUCCGAAGCAGCCUAAAUGUCGUAGUCAUUGAGUUUGUUUCAGAUGAUGAUCUCGAAGGAAAUGGUUUUUAUGCCGAGUACCAUGCCACCUACACUGAGCUAGAUGUAGACUCAACAACAAAUGUUUCUGAUUACACAUGUCCGGAGGGAUGGGAACUGCUUGGAAAUAAUUGCUACCAGUUUACCUCACUCAAUCAGACGAUCAGAUGGAACGAUGCCUCUAAGAUGUGCCGAAAUAUUGGCGCAUUUCUCGUCAGCAUAGAAACCGCCAAAGAGAUGAAUUUCAUCCAUUACAUGCUGUCGUCAUCAUGGUUUACUGGCAACAACAUGAAAACCUACAUUGGUUUGACAGAUAGCGCUGAGGAAGGUCGCUUCAGAUGGGAAGAUGGCGGUCCUCUGAGCUAUGCAGAUUGGUACAUAGCAGAUAGCUCUGAUGAAGACUCUCAACCAAAUGGCCAUGAGGAAGAAGAUUGUACGAUGAUCAAAUUGGACAACCUACAAUCCUCAGCGAAUUGGCAUGACAUAUCAUGUGCAUCACGUGAAGCAAGUCAAUUCAUUUGCCAUCAACCCGCUCUGGCUGAUGAACUUGUCGCUCCAAGAAUUGGAGAUCUAUCAACGAAAGGUUGCCCACCUGGAAGCCAACGAAUUGUUGACACAUGCUUGUCUCUUACCCUCUUUGAUCAACCCGCUCCGUUGCCAUGCCAGGCCAUCCAGUCCUCCGUCCUCUUACCUCUACCACGUCUAAUCUAUGUUCUUGGUCUGUUAUGGCCGUUCUCACUUGUACCAGUAGGCAUGGUCAUCGACAUACAAGGUGUAUACAACAUUGACAUCCAAACCCUGAGUCCACUGCGCCAUGACGUCACGACUGAACCGUGUCACGUGAUGGAAUACAAUGGUGAUGAUUGGCAGCUAGUUUACAGAGACUGCGCACUGGAUCAUGAUGGCAGCAUGUGUUACUUUGUUGUGUCUGAUCUUGUAAACAUCUGUGGCGAUGACAUGUUUGAGUGUCUGAAUGGAGAGUGUAUUAGAUCAGUUCAUGUUUGUGAUGGACGAGAACAAUGCACUGGAGGAGAAGACGAAAAGAACUGUGGAGGUUCAGAUUUAUUAGGAAACAUGGAUCCUGGUACUUUUCCACCUUGUCCUGAAUCAAGUUUCCAAUGUGAUAUGGGUCGAUGUAUCUCAGCUUCAUUCUACUGUGACUAUGUACCUCACUGCCAAGACAAGUCGGACGAGGAACAUUGUACUUUUCCACAAUGUAAGGAGGAUGAAUUUCAGUGUAGCAAUGGACAAUGUAUCGAGGCAUCUCAGCAGUGUAAUAUUACUCCAGAUUGUGUGGAUGGUAGUGAUGAAGAACUGUGCAAGUUCUGUUCUGGAGAAACAUUUCAAUGUUACGAUGGUACAUGUAUCCCAGGUAGAUCAGUAUGUGAUGGAAAUCAAGACUGUCGUGGACUUAAUAUGGAAGAUGAACUAUCGUGUGAGUACAAUAGGGGGGACGAUACAUUGAGGUGUUUGAACGGUGAGAAUCUCGACUCAAGAUGGCGCUGUCUCUAUGACUUUGAUGAGUAUGGAUUGCAACAAGGCUGCCGUGACGUCACUCAUCUUCGUAAUUGCAGCGAAAUUGAGUGUUUUGGAAACACUUUCAAGUGCGCAAAUUCUUACUGUCUUCCUCUACGGCGGCGUUGUAAUGGUGUUGCGGAUUGUCCAAAUGGUGAAGACGAGUUUGGAUGUGAAACCUAUUCCUGUCCUGGAUUUCUACGAUGCCACGGAGAGAGGUACUGUGUUACAGACGAUCAGAUCUGUGAUGGGGUAAAGGACUGCCCUGAUGGGGAUGAUGAGAUGUUCUGUGACAUCGCUUGCCCCUCUGGAUGUUCAUGUGAUGGUCUCAGUUUUGAUUGUCGUUCGUUCGAGGUAUGGACACCCGAGCUGGCUGCUAGUAUCACAACAGAUGCCCGUCAAAUAGUAAUUGCUAAUGCAUCUGGCAGUGUUCGAGCCAAACGAAAAGCAGAUCUGUAUUGGAACCAGACAACGCUAGAAGAUGUCCUCUAUCUCAAUCUAUCUUCUUACGUGCUACUACUUUCACUGGAUUUACCUGGUAAUGGAAUCGAAUCGAUUGCACCUGGGACCUUUACUAGCCAACGUAAUCUAAAGAAAUUGGAUCUUUCUAGGAAUAACAUUUGGAUGUUGUAUGCUGAUACUUUUCUUGGAUUGAAUCGACUUAAUGAACUGGACCUGUCGGCAAACCCAUUGAUGAUCCUACAACCCGGUGCCUUCAAUUCUCUCACCAGUCUACCGUUCUUACGCUUGCAGAAUCUUGAGUUAGCAGCUCUUGAAUCUGGGACUUUCACUGGACUUUAUUCAGUCGAAGUUAUAAAUCUAGCAGACAACAAAAUCAAGCGGGUGGACACUGGUGCUUUUGAUGGUCUGAACUACACGAGCACAUUAAUGCUUGAACGUAACGACAUCAGUCAGUUUGAUAUGGAUAUCUUUAGAGGACUGGACAGACUUCGACACCUCUCGUCUGACCUGUUCUUAUUUUGCUGCAUUGUGCCUGGUCUUGAGAGCUGCUACCCUCCGGAGGACCAAUUCUCAUCGUGUGAAGACCUGAUGCGAUCCAAUGUGCUCCGAAUCUUCAUGUGGAUACUCGGUUUUAGUGCAUUUAUUGGCAACAUCUUCGUCAUUAUAGAACGAGCACGAGAGAAGAAGAACUUCCGCGUCCAAUCUUUCCUGAUCCUCAACCUUGCUAUAUCUGACUGUCUGAUGGGAGUCUACAUGCUCAUCAUUGCCAGCGCGGAUGUACACUAUAAGAAUGUAUACGUUUUCCAUGCAGAGGGGUGGAAAGCUAGUGGCAUGUGCAAACUUGCUGGAAUCUUAGCCAAUCUUUCCAGUGAAGUCUCAGUACUUAUUCUCACUAUAAUAACCUUAGAUCGUUUCCUCUGCAUCACAUUUCCCUUCUCACAAAAGCACUUGGAAAGGAAAUCAGUACGCAUUACAGCAGCAGUGAUCUGGUCAGCGUGUCUUAUCUACAGUGUAAUCCCAGCCCUGCCUAUCCCAUAUUUUGGAGAGAGAUUCUACGGACGUUCCGGUGUAUGUCUCGCCCUUCCGUUGACCAAUGUCAAGCCUCCAGGGUGGCAGUAUGCCAUGAGCGCCAUCUUCAUCAACUUUAUUGCCAUGGUUACCAUCAUUGGCUGCUACAUUGUUAUCUAUAUUGUUGCUAAGCGAUCAGGAUCAACACUGAGGACGAACAAGACCAUGGAUGCCGAGAUAAAGUUGGCGGUCCGAACUGCAAUCAUCGUUGCUACAGAUAUCUGUUGCUGGUUACCUAUCGUCAUACUAGCAUUUGUUUCUCUAUCUAACUCUGCCAUCAUACCACCGACGGUCUACGCCUGGAUUGCUGUCUUCGUUCUCCCAAUCAACUCGGCCAUCAACCCAUAUCUCUAUACCAUCUCAACAAUAGAUAUUAAGACCAGACUGGCGUCGUUUCGCACGGAUUCAAGCCGUUUCACAAUCAGCAACAGUUACAGUAAUCGCUACGCGGAUCCAGGUACACGUAACAAAGGCGGAACCUCAACACAAUUGGAAGGAACAUUGUCUGCAGAAAGAGAUUCUACAAAAUCUUUGGAGAUGAACACAAUGAAGUCUGAUCGUUUCAUUAUGUCUGAUGCACUCAAACUUAUUAGAGCCAAGAAGCUUCACCUGAAAGUCGAGGAUGUACAAGCGAUAAGCACACAAUUGUACGGUACACUCGACAUAAUCCACGCAUGUGCAAUGACCCAUGGUUCAAUAGAUGCUGAUCAUAUUGCAGUCGAGAAAAAGGAAACCGGAAAAUGGACAGGCUUUAUCCUGUUAACAUCUAAAUACGCCCUCAACGGUGGGAUAGAUGCCAGUCGUCUGAAUCAAAAUGAUCUUGACCAACUUGGAGCAGUCAUUGCAGAACUGAACGAUGCAACGGGCUAUUAAAUGAAUCCAAAGACAGAUAAGACAUUUCAGGGGUCUUCGCAUUAAACUUAGUGAAUGCCCAUUCUUUCGGCAUGAUUGAAAGUGAAGAUGAAACUUUUUAGAAAACAAGUUUAUUUGAAAGCCAUAAAUAUAAGAAGGGAAAACUUGAUAACAGCCAUAUAUUAUAUCAUAUAUUAUAAGGUAGCGCAAUUAAAGAUAAACUUUAGUACUGGUAAUGCGAUUGCAUUGUGAA